AUGGCUGCCGCUUCCACUGCCGUCGCUGGCAGCGCCAGAGCUGCUGUUCGACGCAACGUCCUUGUAGAGUCCUCCGAGUCCUCGGCCGCCGUCUCACCAGUCGACUCGCCUCGCCCCUCGCCCUCGUCGACCUCGCUCUCCUCCAUGUCCGAGAUGGACGCGGAGACCAAGCCCGUCAGCUACGGUCGUCUCAUUGACACGUACGGCAACGAGUUCACCCCACCCGACUACACCAUCAAGGACAUUCGCGACGCCAUCCCCAAGCACUGCUUCGAGCGCUCCGCCUUGAAAGGCUACCUUUACAUCCUCCGCGACAUUGUCUACCUCUCCACCACCUUUGCCAUCUUCUACAACUUCGUCACUCCAGAGUACAUUCCCAAUAUCUACCUCCGCGGCGCUCUAUGGGGUGUCUACACCAUCCUCCAAGGCCUCUUUGGCACCGGUCUGUGGGUUAUUGCCCACGAGUGCGGCCAUGGCGCCUUCUCCGACUCGCGCCUCGUCAACGACAUCACCGGCUGGGUCCUCCACUCCGCCCUACUCGUCCCCUACUUCUCGUGGCAAAUCUCCCACAGCAAGCACCACAAGGCCACCGGCAACAUGGAGCGCGACAUGGUCUUUGUCCCCCGCACCCGCCAGGAACAGGCCUCCCGCCUCGGCAAGCUGGUCCACGAGCUCUCUGAGCUUGCCGAGGACGCCCCCGCCUACACCCUCACCGUGCUCAUUGGCCAACAGCUUAUUGGCUGGCCAAGCUACCUUAUCAACAACGUCACUGGCCACAACUACCACGAGAAGCAGCGCGAGGGCCGCGGCAAGGGCAAGCACAACGGUUUCGCCGGCGGGGUCAACCACUUUGAUCCUCGCAGCCCUCUCUACGAGGCGAAGGACGCCAAGCUCAUUGUCCUCUCCGAUAUUGGCCUGAUUCUCGCUGGCUCUGCUCUGUACUUCCUCGGCAACAAAUUUGGCUGGACCAACCUCGCUGUCUGGUACUUUGUCCCCUACCUCUGGGUCAACCACUGGCUCGUUGCCAUCACCUUCCUCCAGCACACCGACCCUACUCUCCCUCACUACCACACCGAGGAGUGGAACUUUGUCCGUGGCGCCGCUGCUACUAUUGAUCGCGAGUGCGGCUUCAUUGGACGUCACCUGCUUCACGGCAUCGUCGAGACACAUGUCCUUCACCACUACGUCUCCACCAUCCCCUUCUACAACGCCGACGAGGCCUCUGACGCUAUCCGCCCCGUCAUGGGUAAACACUACCGUUCCGAUACCCGGGGCGGUUUCUUUGGCUUCCUUGGCGCCAUGUACAAGAGCGCCCGUAUGUGCCAGUGGGUUGAGCCCUCGGCCGAGGCUACCGGCCAGGGUAAACACAUUCUCUUCUUCCGCAACAAGAACGGCCUCGGCACCAAACCUGCCAAAAUUGCUGCUCAGUAG